AUGACGAGAAAGAAAGUAAAUUUUGCAUACAUAGCAAAUGAUAGUGCAAGGAAGGCCACUUUCAAGAAAAGGAAGAAGGGGCUGUUGAAGAAGAUGAGUGAGCUGAGUACCCUCUGUGCAGUCCAAACAUGUGCAAUUAUUUACAGUCCCUAUGACCCAGAACCUGAGGUUUGGCCUUCCCCCUUGGGAGCACAAAGUGUGAUUGCGAGAUUUAAGAGCAUGUCUAAGGCGGAACAAAGCAGAAAAAUGGUGAACCAAGAAAGUUUCCUGGGACAAAGAAUAACUAAAUCCGAGGAGCUACUGAUGAAGCAGCACAUAGAGAAUAGAGAGAGCGAGAUGACCCAAGUCAUGUACAGGAGCUUGGUUAGUGAUCAAGGACUGCAGAAUAUGGGUGUUGUGGACUUGAACGACUUGGAAUGGCUCGUCAACAAAAGUUUAGAGGAGAUUGACGAGCGAAUCAAGUCGCUUCGAGAACAAAUAAUGCAUCCUCCCCAAGUGGUGACUUCAGGGACGAGCAGCAGCCAUGUUAAUAGUACCGAUGGGGAGAAAUAUGGUACUAAGGCCACAAAGAACAGAGCUGAGACGGAGAUGGAUGCUUAUAAGCCCAAUCAGCAGUCGUCAAUGGAUCAGAAAGGGGGUUUUGGAUUGAGGAACGAAGAUAUGGCAGUAUCUCAGAAUCCUCAAUGGUUAGUGGAGUUGCUGAGGUCGAAUGAUCAGAACAUGGGCGGUCUUGGCAGGAAUGAUCAAGACAUGCCUUUUGCAUUUAACGGUAAUAGCUAG